CAAUCCUCAGUCCAGGAGACUGUCCUGCAGAGCAGAGGCAUGGCGAGCCAAUCCUACCACACCAGCUCUGAUUGCAGGGUCAGGAACUUUAGCUCCCGCUCUGCCAUUGUGCCCAAGCCUGGGGAUCGCUGCUGUGUCAGUGCCAUGGCCCAUCAUGGGGGCAGUCCCAGGGGGCUAGGCUACAGGCGCCUUGGAGGCUUUGGCAGUCGGAGCCUGUGUACAUUGGGGUCUCCCCGGACUGCGGUGAGUUGUGGAUGGCCUCUACACGCCAGGGGCAGGUUUGGCUACCAGGCUGGGGGCCUUUGCAGGCCCAGCCUCCCCUGCAUCACAUCUGUGACCAUCAAUGAGAGCCUCCUCACGCCCCUCAACCUAGAGAUCGACCCCAAUGCCCAGUGUGUGAAGCACGAGGAGAAGGAGCAGAUCAAGUGUCUCAACAACAAAUUUGCUGCCUUCAUUGACAAGGUGCGCUUCCUGGAGCAGCAGAACAAGCUGCUGGAGACCAAGCUGCAGUUCCACCAGAACCGCGAGUGCUGUGAGAGCAACCUGGAGCCCCUGUUCCAGGGCCACAUUGCAACUCUGCGGCGGGAGGCUGAGUGCAUGGAGGCCCACAGCGGGAGGCUGGCCUCAGAGCUCAACUGCACGCAGGAGGUGCUGGAGGGCUACAAGAAGAAGUAUGAAGAAGAGCUGGCCCUCAGGGCCACAGCUGAGAACGAGUUCGUGCUGCUGAAGAAGGAUGUAGACUGCGCCUAUCUGCGUAAGGCAGACCUGGAGGCCAAUGUGGAGCCACUGAGGGAGGAGUCAGUCUUCCUGCGGUCCCUCUAUGAGGAGGAAAUCUGCCUCCUUCAAUCACAAAUCUCUGAUACGUCCGUGGUGGUGAAGAUGGACAACAGCCGGGAGCUCAACAUGGACUUGGUUGUGGCCAAGAUCAAGGCUCAGUAUGACGAUAUUGCCAGCCGCAGCCAGGCAGAGGCUGAGACCUGGUACCAAACCAAGUGCGAGGAGGUGAAGGCCACAGUGACCCAGCAGCGUGAGAACCUCCGAAGAACCAAAGGUGAGCUCAGCGAGCUGAACCGCAGGAUCCAGAGGCUGACGGCAGAGGUGGAGAAUGCGAAGCAGCAGCGCUGCAAGCUGGAAGCUGCAGUGGCCCAGUCUGAGCAGCAGGGUGAGGCGGCCCUCAGCGAUGCCCGCUGCAAGCUGGCUGAACUGGAGGGUGCCCUGCAGAAGGCCAAGCAGGACAUGGCCUGCCUGCUUAAGGAGUACCAGGUGGUGAUGAACUCCAAGCUGGGCCUGGACGUGGAGAUUACCACUUAUUGCAAACUGCUGGAGGGCGAGGAGAUCCGGCUGUUUGAAGGCAUGGGCUCAGUCAAUAUCUGUGUGAGCCAUUCCGAGGGUGGCGUGGUCUGCGGGGAUGUGGACUCCACUGUCUACCGUGGCUCAGGGGGCGUGGCCAUAAGCAGUGGUGCACUGUGGUCCCCCUCUGUGGUGAGGGCCUGCUCCAGUGCCUGGUCUGUGCAGUUUGUGUAGAGGGUGGUGGGACUCUGGACCCAUGUGUUCUGAUGGGGGCAGUGUGGGUUAGGGAGUGGAAAUCUUUUCUUUUACAUGCCCAAAUGUCAGCUUAGUAAUUUCCCCUUACAGAGAACCCAGAACUAACUCUCCUGUUUCCUUCUUAUUGGAGUUAAUGAUUUGCUCUUCGGGUGUAAACCCUGGGUUUGAUGUUAUUUUCACUUCCAUUGCUUCUCCCCCUUCCUGUGGUCCAGGAAAGAAAUAGAAAGGUUUUUUGCUAUAAAUUGCUCAGUCAUUGUCUUCCCUAGUUAACUUCAGGCUAGCAGAUGUUUAUUAAGUCCCGACUGUGUGCCAGACCCUCUUGGAAAGGAGCCAGCUAGAGGAUGUGCAGUGUGUGGGAACAUCUCUGUGUUUUGCCCUUGGAUGAGAGGGACUCCAGAUACUGUCUCACCAUUGAAGGGCAGUGGGGGUGCAGAGCUGGGCUUCUCACUUGCUCUGAGAGAUUGUAUAUCCCCAGAGUCCCCCAACUAUUCAUGUAACCAGAUUGAAAGGCUGACAGAGCUAAUCAGCUGGGUUUAUACCAUUGGUUUUCUGGAAGUUCAUUGUAUUUACAUAAUUCCUUUAUGGCUCCUUCUUUCUCUUAGUGUGCUUGUUAAACGUCAAUGGCAAAAGGCUUUUUCUUAUUAACCAGGUUAAUACCUGCCUCCUUUAUUGUCUUCGCAACCCACCCAAACCCUGACUGUUUUGGUGCAUCUCACAAUGCACCGGACCACCACCUGCAUCAGGAUCCCUGUGGGGUAGUUGCCAAAUGUGCAGAUCCUGGGCUCCAGCCAGAACUCUCCAUCCAAAGUUCUAGGGAUGAGUCCAGGAAUCUGUAUUUUAACAAACUUCCAGGUGAUUCCUAGAAGAACUAACGUUUGAGAACCACAGAUUUAUGUGGGCAGAGGAAAGAGGACAGUCAGACAAUUAUGGCCAUGAAGUGACUUUUCCUCUGAUUCUCAUGGAUUGGUCUAGCCCCUUUGCAUUUCUGCUUUGUCUAUGCUAAAAGGUCAGACCCACACACACACCAGGGCAGGGU